AAGUAAAAACCCCCACAUAGAAAACUAGAGUGCACACUAACCCAUAUAAGCCAAUCUUCAAAACACUGGAAUGUGAAUUAUAGCUGAAAGACCAAAACAAUCUCGAAAUGGGCACACCAGUGUGAACAUUCUGUUACUCAAUCAGAGCAUUUUGAGUAGGUCUCAGUCUCAACACACCAUUUGUUUAUAGCUCAAUAGACUGCUUAUCUACCCAGGUUAAGGCCCUUACAAUUGGGUUAAAGGGGUGGAAACGAACUCAUUGUCUAAUACCCUACAAGACAGCCAUGGACAGCUCUGAAUCUCUGAACAAAAGAUGGUGGAAGGAGGGUACAGUGGGAGUGGUGACAGGGGCCAACAAGGGCAUUGGGUAUGCAGUUGUUCAUCAGUUGGCAGAGCAUGGGAUCCAUGUGAUAUUAACAGCAAGAGAUGAAGAAAGAGGUAAGGCUGCUGUCAAGACUCUGAAUGAUGAAGGGUUUCAUAAUGUUGUGUUCCAUCAGCUGGAUGUGCAUGAUGAGAGCAGCAUCCAAGCGUUUGCCAAUUGGAUGAAUGAAAAACAUGGGAAACUUGAUAUUCUGGUUAACAAUGCUGCAAUAUCAGGGCUUACAAUAGAUUAUGACAUUGUGAAGAAGAACAAAAGCAAUCCCACCAUGUUAUUUACUCCACCUGGAAGCACAGUGGAAGGAAUAUCUGAAACUUAUGAAAUGGCAAAGGAGUGCAUUGAGAUUAACUAUUAUGGCACUAAAAGAAUGGUGGAAGCUUUUCUGCCCCUUUUGAAACUUGCUAGUGAAGGUGGUGGUAGAAUUGUAAAUGUAACUUCUCGUGCUGGAGUCUUAGAGUAUAUUCCAAGUAUGACUCUGAGGCAACAAUUGAGCAACCUCCACGACUUGACAGAGGAUAAAAUUGAUGCAUUUCUACAAAAAUUCUUGAAGGAUUUCAAGAAAGGGAUGUUAAAAAUCAAUGGUUGGCCUAUUUCAUAUUCAGCCUACUUUGUUUCUAAGGCUGCUCAAAAUGCUUAUACUCGUCUUCUUGCACACCAACAUCCUGAUAUGUAUAUAAAUUGUGUUCAUCCAGGAUUUGUAAAGACUGAUUUAAAUGUAGAUGUGGGAAAACUAUCAAUUGAUGAAGGAGCAAAAGGUCCUGUCAUGGUAGCCCUUCAUCCUCCAGGCUCACCUUCUGGUCAAUAUUACGAUGAAACAGAAAUAGGUGACUUUAAUGUCUUACCCAAAACAGAUGGUCCAUAGGGUAGACAUAGAUAACAGUUGUAGGUAAAUGUAACAAUGGAUAAUUUGGCUCAUGGAAAAAGCAUAUUAAUUAAGAAAAUAAAUUUAUUCUAUAAA